AUGCAGAAAAACAACAAACCAACGCGUAAAAAAGGCCAGCCAUCCCCGACGCCUUCCACGUCCGAUGUAAAAUUACCUAAAAUACCGAAGCUUUCUAUGCCUGAAGAUUUUAAAAUACGGACGCGGCCUCUCUUUUCAUUGCCCGAAGAAGUUUUAAAAUUACCUGCGCCCGCUACCAAAGCCGCAAAACUACAGGCUGCUAAAGUUGCGCCCAGGAAGAGGUCCAGCGCAAUGCAAAGCUUCACGCAAAUGCGAAAGGCUCGUGAAGAAUUUAGAUUAAAACUGGUGAAUCUGAUAUGUCAGACUGGUGAUGAACAGGGUAGCCACGAGAUGGGGAUGCCUACUGGCGAAGAACAGAAUUUGCUGAGAUAUUAUUAUUACCUGCGAUACGGUAUUGAUACUAUACAUGUUGCUCCUUUGGAUAACAAGAUAAUAUUAAGAGUACACAAUCUUAUACCUCCAAAUUUGAAGAAAUGGAAAGAAACGCUUUUUACGUGCACAGACGAGAUGCGCGAAGAUUUUAUGAUGAGUAUGAAAAAAGCGAUCGUGGAUUUUGUGCUGAAAGACCCUAAUACGGAAGAGUCGUUGGAAGACGAUAACACACCGUUAAAGCAAGAGCUAGCAGCCAAAGAUGACGCUUGGAGAAAUCGAUACGCUUUAGCACAUAAGCACUUGACUAAAAAUCUACACAGCGUUAAUCCUUGUAUCGCACAAGUGCUUCAAAUCUGGUGGAAACAAUUCAAUGAUUUAAGACUAAUUAGUAUGAAAGAUAUAAUGACAACAAAUGAAGCUUAUGAGCUGCAAGACUUCUGUUUUGUUUGUAAGAGGCAUAUAGAAGCGGCUGGUAAUGUGCUUACACACCAGUGGAUCCCGACUAUUCAGGCAGUUUUUCUUCAGGGUAGCAAAAAGAAAUUGAUCCCAGAACCGAAGCAUGCAGCCAAAAUGAAGCAUUUUUAUAACUGUUUGGCCUGCAUAAUGACUUAUAAUCUUCAAACGUUGUGUUUGAAAUCUAUGAAGGAGUUUACUGACUAUGUUGUGGACGUUGGUGGCACAAACCAAGGUUUCAUUAUAAAUUUGGGAUUUCAAAAUGAGGCCAUCGAGUUUGACCCUACAUUUCGGCAGUUUAAAGAUCAGUUGUGCCUAUUGUACGAUUACCUGAUAGAUGCAUGUCGGCGGUCACCUCGUUUGGAGACUAUGCUCUAUCAGGACUUUACAGAAGCUACAAGAGCUACACUAAAGCCAAUAAUAGAUAGUGAAUUGGUAGACGAAUACAAGCAGAUUAUUGCUGAUUUGAUUGCGGAUCAAAGAAUCGGACCAGAAUUGAGAGUUCAAGAUUUCGAUGACUACAUUUGUUUAUUGAACGGCGAGUCUCAAAGUAAAGUGGAUGCAUUUAUAAACUCGGACCCGGUAAAAACAUUUGAAGAGUUCUGCGCGGAGGCUGUGAAAUACGUUGAACUAGCGAAAGAGAUCCCUUCCAAACUUGAGGGGACUAUCGUCAUCGGCAUGUUUCAAAUGCAGCGCGGAGAGCUGAUUAAUUCUUUGCGAUCAGCAGCGACUAGAAUGGCCAAUACCUUGCUGAAGAGAAUGACUGAGGAUUACCAGCUGAUGAUCAAAGCGAUCUAUGAUGAAUACGCAGUAAUAGCUAAUACUCUGUUGACACCACCGGGCAACACUGCGGCUCUGAUGGACCUGAUGGCGUACGUCAAGAAAGUGGAGGACGUUCUCCUAGCUGAUAUGGAGGAUAAAUUGCGCAAUGUUAUGAGAUACAUCGUCUUUUUAGGAGACUACACCAAUUUCACACCGUUAGAGCUGAAAUCUAACAACCAGACCUUUCACUGGUAUGCUCGUAUGCCAGGUAUCAUAGAAGAGGCUAAGAAUAUUUGUGACCAGAAGAAAUCGGAAUACCAAGAACUAUUAAAGGUUCGCAUUUCCAAGUUUAUUGAUGAUUUGGACAUUUAUGAAUUGCAAGUUAAUGAAGUGCAAUACUGGGGAGAAAUUAACGAAUUGCCAAAAUAUGUUUCGCGGGCUCGUCACCUGGAUGAGAAGUUAUCAAACGCUCUUGUGAAGAUCGAUCAAUUUAAUGAAGAAGAGUCGUCGUUUGGGUGGGAUUUGUCUCAGUACCCCAAAAGGAAGGCUAUCUUUGAUAGAUUAGUACCGUUCAAGAAACUUUUCGAUGCUGGAUACGACUUUCUUGGGAAGCAUCAUACCUGGAUGUCUUCAAAAGUUGGCAGUUUUGAUCCUGAGGAUAUAGAAGGAGAUGUCAGUUUUUAUUACAAGAUUGUCUAUAAACUGGAGAAGGCAUUUGCGGAUGUUCCAGAGACUCAUCGCCUUGCCGUUUCUGUUAGGGAAAAAAUAGAUGAGUUCAAGAGUAACAUGCCAAUUAUACAGACAUUGGGUAACCCUGGAAUGAAGCCGAGACAUUGGGAAAAGAUUUCAGAAAUUGUGGGAUUCCCCAUUGUUGUGGAUGACGAACUGUCUCUAGAGAAAGUAAUUGAUUUCAACCUGGGUGACUACAUAGAUAAAUUCGAGAGCAUUUCUGAAGCAGCUACCAAAGAGAACAACCUCGAGAGGGCUCUAGAUAAGAUGAUGAAAGAAUGGGCCGACCUUAGAUUUGAAAUUCUCAUUUACAAGGAUACCGGUACCUACAUUCUAUCAAGUGUGGAUGAAAUUCAAUUGUUACUAGAUGACCACAUUGUAAAAACUCAGACUAUGAAAAACUCUCCGUAUAUCAAACCGUUUGAAGCUGUUAUUUAUGAUUGGGAGGGCAAACUAGUUCUACUGCAAGAGAUUCUUGAUGAAUGGCUAAAGGUUCAAGCGACUUGGAUGUACUUAGAACCAAUCUUUUCUUCGCCCGAUAUCCAGCAGCAGAUUCCUGAAGAAGGACGAAGGUUCAGUGCUGUUGAUAAGAUGUGGCGUGAGAUUAUGAAAGCAGCUUUUUCUGAGCCGAGGGUACUCGAUGUCAUCACAAUAGAGAAGAUGUUGGACCGCCUUAAGAAGUCCAACAACUUGUUGGAGAUGGUCCAACGCGGAUUAAACGCGUACUUGGAGAAGAAACGAUUGUACUUCCCUCGGUUUUUCUUCUUGUCCAACGACGAAUUGCUUGAAAUUUUGUCUGAAACUAAGGAUCCUACUCGUGUGCAGCCUCAUCUCAAGAAAUGUUUCGAGGGUAUGGCCAGACUCACCUUUACUGACGAAAUGGUGGUGACGCAAAUGAGGUCUUCUGAGGGAGAGAUUGUGACGCUUACGAUAUCUGUAAAUACAGUCGCCGCUAGAGGACAGGUAGAGAAAUGGCUAUUGGAAUUGGAGAAAUCAAUGAAAUCUUCAGUUCAUAAUGUAGUGGCCCAAUCAUACGAUGAUUAUUUGCAACGCCAACGAGACCAAUGGGUGUUAAUUUGGCCUGGCCAAACAGUUCAAUGUAUCGCAAUGACAUUCUGGACAUCCGAAGUAACAGAAGCUAUUCAUAUCAACAAAGCAGCCAUGAAGCAAUAUUGGGAGAAGUGUAACUUUCAAAUAUCUAAAAUUGUUGACUUAGUCCGUGGCGAACUCAAUUUACAGAACAGGAUCACUCUCGGAGCAUUGGUCGUGCUGGACGUCCAUGCAAGAGACGUGUUGAUGCUGCUCAUUGAACUUAACGUGCAACAGGACAAUGACUUCAAUUGGCUCUCGCAGAUACGAUAUUACUGGGAGGAACAAGAAGAUAAAACAAUGCAGGAGUUGACCCGCAUGAUAAACUCGACGCUGAUGUACGGCUAUGAGUAUCUUGGCAACACGGGCAGACUGGUCGUCACUCCGCUUACUGACAGAUGUUUUAGAACUUUGUUUGGUGCCUUGCAUCUCAACUUAGGAGGGGCUCCUGAAGGGCCUGCCGGUACCGGGAAAACAGAGACGGUCAAAGAUUUGGCUAAAGCUGUGGCAAAGCAGUGUGUUGUAUUCAAUUGUUCAGAUGGGCUUGACUAUAUCGCUCUCGGGAAAUUCUUCAAAGGCUUGGCAUCUUGUGGUGCGUGGUCGUGCUUUGACGAGUUUAACCGUAUCGAUCUGGAAGUGCUUUCCGUGGUUGCUCAGCAAAUCCUCUCGAUUCAGCGUGGUAUUAACUCUGGAGCUACAGAACUAUUGUUUGAAGGAACACUAAUACAGUUGGAAAAGUCCUGUGCAACAUUUAUCACUAUGAAUCCUGGUUAUGCUGGACGAUCUGAACUUCCUGAUAAUCUGAAGGCUCUGUUCCGUUCGGUGGCUAUGAUGGUGCCGGAUUACGUACUCAUCUCUGAAAUCGAGUUGUACGCGUUUGGUUAUCUCAAUGCUAAGCCGCUCGCCGUCAAAAUUGUGGCCACUUACAAGUUGUGCUCGGAACAACUUUCUUCACAGUUCCAUUACGAUUAUGGCAUGCGCGCAGUGAAGUCAGUGUUACGAGCGGCUGGAGCGCUAAAACUGCGCUACCCUGACGAAGUUGAAGACUUGAUCCUUCUGCGUUCUAUUAAGGACGUUAACCUGCCGAAAUUCUUGGAACACGACGUGCCUCUGUUUAUGGGUAUCAUCGGUGACUUAUUCCCUGGCAUGCCGCUUCCGCUGGCAGGUUUGCCUCAUUUGGUCGACUGCCUUAAGGAAGUCUGUGUUACACUCAACUUACAAUGUAACGAAUUCUUCAUUGAAAAGGUACUGCAAUUAUACGAAAUGAUUCUGGUGAGGCACGGAUUGAUGUUGGUUGGAUAUCCAUUCGCUGGGAAGACUAAAUCCUAUCAUGCACUUGGACAUGCUCUGAAAUGUGUUUCAGAAAAAGGUUUAAUGGAUGAACACGCAGUGGAGUGGACGGUGAUAAACCCGAAGUCGAUCACAAUGGGCCAGUUAUAUGGUCAGUUCGAUCCAGUGUCACACGAGUGGUCUGACGGUAUCCUCGCCGUCAGUUAUCGAGCCUUCGCAGUCUCUACUAAUACCAACAGGAAGUGGUUGGUGUUCGACGGUCCUGUGGAUGCGAUCUGGAUAGAGAAUCUAAACACGGUGCUUGACGAUAACAAGAAGCUAUGUCUGAUGAGUGGUGAGAUCAUACAGUUGGCACCCACUACCAAUCUUAUUUUCGAACCAAUGGACUUAGAAGCGGCUUCGCCAGCUACGGUUUCAAGAUGUGGUAUGAUCUACUUAGAACCCAAAGGUCUGGGAUGGAAGGCUCUGUUGGAGUCCUGGCUGAACAUGCUGCCCCCUACUCUCCACACGGUCAACCGUAAUCAUAUACGCAAUCUGUUCCAUCGAUUCAUGUCACCGCUUCUUUGGCUCGUCGAACUUUCUGGAUUGGUUAAGCAAAUGUAUAUAACGUCUCGAACUAACCUGGUUCAAGCGUGCAUGAAUCUCUUCGACUGCUUUAUGGACGAUUUUUAUGAUGAGAAGUACUUGGAACAAAUAUCCGAUCUCGACAUACGAGCACAACUUGAGAUAAAAACUACGUUGGGAAUGCCAAAAGUAAUUGCUAAACCAGAAAAACAGUACAUAUUUGUAAUCCCAAAGGAGGGUACGGUUUACGACUACAGGUUUAUUAAGGAGGGCAAAGGCAAAUGGAAGCCUUGGAUUGAUGAUGCCCUUACUGCGCCCCCUAUCAGCCGUGACACCCCUCCUAACCAGAUCCUGGUGACGACGCUGGAUAGCGUGCGAUACCUCGCGUUGUUCAGGCUCAUGGUGACGCACCAUAAACUAGUCAUGAUGGUCGGACCUACCGGCACCGGGAAAUCCGCUUACGUCAUUGACUUUCUAGUAAAGAGAGUCGAUACUAAAGUAUAUAAGGCUCUGAUCAUGGCUUUCUCUGCUCAAACGAAUUGCAAUCAAACUCAAGAUAUCAUCAUGGGAAAGUUGGAUAAGAGGAGAAAAGGGGUAUACGGUCCGCCUAUCGGAUGUUACUCAGUGGUCUUCGUAGAUGACGUAUCAAUGCCACAGGCUGAGACGUAUGGCGCUCAACCACCCAUCGAAGUUCUAAGACAGGGCAUUGACUUGGGACUCUGGUAUGAUCGGAAAACUAACCUUGCAAUGCGCCUAAUUGAUGUUCAGUUUAUGUGCGCAAUGGGCAAGCCGAUGCCUGGAGCUAAAAUAAUAACUCCAAGAUUUUCCCGUCACUUUUCUUUCUUUUGUAUCGACGAGUUCGAUGAUGAAACACUUCAGACGAUUUUCAGUAGGAUAAUGCUGUGGCAUCUGGAUACUAGGGGAUUUUCAAAGGAAUUCGAUCCUUGUAUCGAUGAACUGGUAAAUGGAACGUUGGAAGUAUACAAGGAAUGUAAGAUGAACCUUCUCCCCACGCCGUCCAAAUCUCAUUACACUUUCAACCUUCGAGAUUUCUCCCGUGUAAUAUUGGGCGUGUUGCUAUCGGUGCCCGAGGUAACUCCAGACUUGCAGUCAAUAAAGCGUCUGUGGGUGCACGAGUGUCUGCGCGUGUUCAGUGACCGAUUGGUCGAGGAUUCGGACCGUCAGUGGUUCGUCAGCUGUCUCCGUGCUGCUACUACUGCUCAUUUAAACGAUGAUUUCGAUGCAAUGCUAAGCAGACUAACCGACACACCGGGUGAAAAAAUUACAGAUUUACAUCUACGAAAACUAAUAUUCUGCGAUUUUGCGAAUCCAAAAGUGGACACGCGCUUUUAUAUGGAGACUACAAACAUGGAACAUUUAAACUCAACGGUCGAAGCAUUCCUUGUUGAGUUCAACAAUAUGACCAAGAAGCCAAUGAACCUCGUGCUCUUCAGAUUUGCGAUCGAGCACGUGUCCCGUAUCUGCAGAGUGUUGACUCAGCCGCGUUCGCACGCCCUGCUGGUCGGGCUCGGCGGCUCUGGCCGACAGUCCCUUACACGACUCGCAGCACAUAUCAACGAAUACGAUCUCUUCCAGGUGGAGAUGAGUCGUACUUACGGUAAGAACGAGUGGCGAGAAGAUUUGAAAACUCUACUACGUAAAACGAGUACUCCGGAAUUGCUCAUGGUUUUCUUAUUUAUUGAGUCGCAGAUCAAAGAAGAGGGUUUUCUAGAAGAUGUCAAUAAUAUGCUUAACUCUGGAGAAGUACCAAAUAUCUUCAAUGCUGAUGAGAAAGCAGAACUGUGUGAGAAAAUGAGAGUUAUCGAUAGACAGCGUGAUAAGUCACUUCAGACGGACGGCAGUCCGACGGCUCUGUAUGCUUUCUUCGUCUCCAUAGUACGAGAUCAAUUACACAUUGUGUUGGCUAUGUCCCCUGCUGGUACUUCGCUGCGUACUCGAAUUAGGAAGUUCCCAUCACUCGUCAACUGCUGUACCAUCGACUGGUUCCAAGAAUGGCCGCCAGAUGCUUUGUUGGCAGUAGCAACAAGAUUCUUGAAAGACGUGGAGCUGACCGACUUGGAACGAAACACAGCAAUCAAGUUAUGUCAAGUGUUCCACAUGGACACCCAAGAGCUCACGAGGCAAUUCCUGCGUCGGCUCAAGAGAUAUAACUAUGUCACACCUACUGCCUACUUGGAGUUAAUUAACAUGUUUAAGACGUUGCUAACGAAAAAACGUUUGGAGCUGACAACAGCAGAGAAACGUUACCUAACAGGGCUGGACCAGCUCGCUAUCGCAGCUAAGUCAGUGGAAGCUUUACAACAGGCAUUGGAAGUAUUACAGCCCAAACUAGCUACUGCCGCAAAAGCAGUGGCUGAGACCACUGCUGUGGUGGAAAAAGAAAAGGAAGGAGUAGCGUUGGUUGAGGCUGACGUCCUGGUUGACCAGAAAGCUGCAGAAGAACAGGCACAAGAAGCCCAAGCUAUAAAAGACGAGUGUGACGCUGAUCUGGCAGAAGCAAUGCCAAUCCUGAAUGCAGCUCUCGCGGCGCUCGACACCCUCACUCCUCAGGACAUCACGUUCAUCAAGACCAUGAAAAGUCCCCCACGUGGUAUCCGUAUUGUUAUGGAAGCUAUCUGCAUAUUAAAGGACGUUAAACCGGAUAAGAUUCCAAACCCGUCGGGCGUGGGGACUGUCGAAGACUACUGGGGUCCGUCGAAGAAGAUUCUAAACGACAUAAAGUUCUUAGAAUCCCUACAGAACUAUGACAAAGAUAACAUACCUCCAGCUGUGAUGAAGAAGUUGAUGACUACAGUCAUGCAGGAUGAGGGCUUCGUUCCUGAGAAGAUUAAAACUGUGUCGGUAGCCGCAGAAGGUAUGUGCAAGUGGGUAAUUGCGAUGACGAAGUACGACAAAGUUGCGAAGGUGGUAGCACCUAAAAAGCAGCGGUUGGCGGCUGCACAGGCUGUUUACGACAAGGCUAUGGCCGCCCUAGCAGUCAAGCAGGCCCAGCUCAAGGAGGUACAAGCAAAAUUAAAAGCUUUAGAAGACAAUUUAGCUGAACAAAGUCGUCAGCAGAAAAUAUUAGACAUGGAAGUAAUGGAUUGCAGUAAUAAAUUGAAACGAGCUGAAAUGCUAAUAGCUGGUCUGGGCGGAGAGAAGACACGAUGGACGCAAAUCGCUAAGGAUCUCCGUGAAACAUACAAUACACUCACAGGCAAAUAA